GAUUUUAACCGACCUCAGUCGUCGUUUGGCGCGCGUACAGUAAGCGCGCGUAAUUCGUCCGUGAUAAAGCGAGUGGUUAUUUCGUAAGUCCAAGGACGGCCAUUGUUGGCUAGAAAAAAAAUAUAAAAGAACAAAAUGCGUACUCUAUUCUUUAUGGUGCUGGCGGCCAUCUUGUGUAGCGCGUUGGCCAAGACCAAAAGAGAUGACAAUAAGGUGAAAAUUGCCGUAUACUACGAAGCGUUAUGUCCUGACAGCAAGCGGUUCAUUGUCUCCCAACUGGCGCCUGUCUGGAGAGACUUCAGGGGCGCGGUGAAAGUUAAAUUGGUGCCAUACGGCAAGGCUACUCACGACAAAGUGGACGGCAAAUGGCAGUUCACGUGCCAACACGGCCCUGAUGAGUGCUACGGGAAUAAGGUGCAAGCUUGUAUUCUGAAGGACCGCAGUUUGCAGGACACUGACAAGAUGGAGCUGGUUAUGUGUCUAAUGGGUACAGCCAGUCCUGAUAAAUCUCUAGACACCUGUCUAGGUCAAGUAAAUAAAUCUAAUAACUCGGAUAAGUUGAAGAGAUGCGCUGCGAGUGCGCAGGGCGACGCGCUGCUCGCCUCAUACGGAGACAAGACGGACUUAGUGCAACGUCCGCUGUCCUUCGUACCUACUAUCAUUAUAAAUGAGAAAUUCGAUCAAACAAUCCAAGAUCAAGCGGUCAAUGACCUGCGCGGGGUAGUGUGCCGCGUCGCCGUCAACAAGCCCGCCAGCUGCUAAUAAAGUUGCAACUUUUAUAAGUACAACGCCAUCUGUUGAUAAAAGCUUGUAAAGUACGCUAUAACCUCUAAUUUUCGUAAUCGCCGCUAGAUGGCGUUAUUUUUAACUUUUGUAUAAUUAUGUUCGUAGUACAAAAAUUGUAAAACCUUUAAGUGGCUAUGAUCAAAAGACGUCAAUUUCUUACUAAAAUUACCCCUAUUUCUUAUACAAGUACAAUUUAUAAUAAUUCAGUUAAGACUUUGUAUUCAAUUUUAGACUUUCUUUUAAGACAAUAACUUAGUUUUUAAGACAUUUGUAAUGUUUUUAAGAUAUUAAAUUUUAAGUACUUAC